GAGAAGUUUAGGGCUGCGAUAGUGGGGGCGUGGUUGGCAGAGGCGGGGAGAGGAGACGUGCAGACUCGGCCCUCAGGGCCCUCCAGCCAAAGUACAAGCUCCUGGUGACCGGAAUGUGGGUGGGGCACGUGGGGUUUUGCAGUCUGGACUUUGGUGAUAUACCUAAGAAGUCGCCUGUCAAAAUGCCUGCAGAUGUUAAAAACAAAACGUUACCGCAGCUCUCCCCGGCCCUUGCAGCCCUGCGCCUCAGCCCUCUCCCAGUUCGGGUGGAUUUGCGUGUCUACGCACCCCCUAUCCCAGCCUCCUGGCGGUGAAAUCCCGCUCCUGAACCGUCUUCUUUUUCUGCGCCCCCAGAGCGUCCAAGGCCAUGUUCUCCGUAGGAACGAUCCCAGGCGGGACGCCGCAGAGCCCGGAGCCGGGGGCAGCUUCGGCCAGCUUUCCCAGCCUGGCCCCAGUGUCGGGCCGUGGGGAGGCUGAGGAGGAGGAGGACAACGAGCAAGAGCCGGCGGAGAUCUAUCUGUGUGCGCUGUGGACUUCAGGAUACUUGGGCAUCGCCUACUAUGACACUAGUGACUCUACCAUCCACUUCAUGCCAGAUGCCCCAGACCAUGAGAGUCUCAAGCUUCUCCAGAGAGUGUUGGAUGAAAUCAAUCCCCGGUCUGUUGUUACGAGUGCCAAACAGGAUGAGAAUAUGACUCGGUUUCUAGGAAAGCUUGCCUCCCAGGAACACAGAGAGCCUAAGAGACCUGAAAUUGUAUUUUUGCCAAGUGUGGAUUUUGGUCUGGAGAUAAGCAAACAGCGCCUUCUUGCUGGAAACUACUCCUUCAUCCCAGACUCCAUGACUACCACUGAGAAAAUCCUCUUCCUCUCCUCUAUUAUUCCCUUUGACUGCCUCCUCACGGUUCGAGCACUUGGAGGGCUGCUCAAGUUCCUGGGUCGAAGAAGAAUUGGGGUUGAACUGGAAGAUUAUAACGUCAGCGUCCCCAUCCUGGGCUUUAAGAAAUUUGUGUUGACCCAUCUGGUGAGCAUAGAUCAAGACACUUACAGUGUUCUGCAGAUAUUUAAGAGUGAGUCUCACCCUUCAGUGUACAAAGUGGCCAGUGGACUGAAGGAGGGGCUCAGCCUGUUUGGAAUCCUCAAUAGAUGCCACUGUAAGUGGGGACAGAAGCUGCUCAGGCUAUGGUUCACACGUCCGACUCACGACCUGGGAGAGCUAAAUUCUCGGUUGGAUGUCAUUCAGUUUUUCCUACUACCCCAGAAUCUGGACAUGGCUCAAAUGCUGCAUCGGUUGCUGGGUCAUAUCAAGAAUGUGCCUCUGAUUUUGAAACGCAUGAAGCUGUCCCACACCAAGGUCAGCGACUGGCAAGUUCUGUACAAGACUGUGUAUAGUGCCCUGGGCCUGAGGGAUGCCUGCCGCUCCCUCCCCCAGUCCAUCCAGCUCUUUCAGGACAUUGCCCAAGAGUUCUCUGAUGACCUGCACCAUAUUGCCAGCCUCAUUGGGAAAGUGGUGGAUUUUGAGGGCAGUCUUGCUGAAAAUCGUUUCACAGUCCUCCCCAACAUAGAUCCUGAAAUUGAUGAGAAAAAACGAAGGCUGAUGGGACUUCCCAGUUUCCUCACUGAGGUUGCCCGAAAGGAGCUAGAGAAUCUGGACUCCCGUAUUCCUUCAUGCAGUGUCAUCUACAUCCCUCUGAUUGGCUUUCUUCUUUGUAUUCCCCGCCUGCCUUUCAUGGUAGAGGCUAGUGACUUUGAGAUUGAAGGACUGGACUUCAUGUUUCUGUCAGAGGAGAAGCUGCACUAUCGUAGUGCUCGAACCAAGGAGCUGGAUGCAUUGCUGGGGGACCUGCACUGUGAUAUCCGGGACCAGGAGACCCUGUUGAUGUACCAGCUGCAGUGUCAGGUGCUGGCACGGGCAGCUGUCUUGACCCGUGUGUUGGACCUUGCCUCCCGCCUGGACGUCCUGCUGGCUCUUGCCAGUGCUGCCCGGGACUACGGCUACUCAAGGCCCCUUUACUCCCCCCAACUCCUUGGGGUCCGAAUCCUGAAUGGCAGACAUCCUCUGAUGGAACUCUGUGCCCGAACCUUCGUGCCCAACUCUGCAGAGUGUGGCAGGGACAAAGGGAGGAUCAAAGUCAUCACCGGACCCAACUCCUCAGGGAAGAGCAUAUACCUCAAACAGGUAGGCUUGAUCACAUUCAUGGCCCUGGUGGGCAGCUUUGUGCCAGCAGAGGAAGCCGAAAUUGGGGCAGUGGAUGCCAUCUUCACCCGGAUUCAUAGCUGCGAAUCCAUCUCCUUGGGCCUCUCCACCUUCAUGAUCGACCUUAACCAGGUGGCGAAAGCAGUGAACAAUGCCACCAAGCAGUCUCUGGUCCUCAUUGAUGAAUUUGGAAAGGGAACCAACACGGUGGAUGGGCUUGCGCUUCUAGCUGCUGUGCUACGACACUGGCUGGCACUUGGACCCAUGUGCCCUCACAUCUUUGUGGCCACCAACUUUCUGAGCCUUGUUCAGCUACAGCUGCUGCCACAGGGGCCCCUUGUGCAGUAUUUGGGGUUGGCCAAGGGUUUCAGGGCAGGAAGCAGAGAGAUUGAUGACACACUGUCCCCUUGUAUCUCUUUUAAGACCAUGGAGACCUGUGAGGAUGGGGACGACCUAGUCUUCUUCUAUCAGGUUUGUGAAGGUAUUGCCAAUGCCAGCCAUGCGUCCUACACAGCUGCCCAGGCUGGGCUUCCCGGCAAUCUCAUUGCCCGUGGCAAGGAGGUCUCAGACUUGAUCCGCAGUGGGAAACCCAUCAAGCCUGUCAAGGAGUUGCUAAAGGAGAAGCAAAUGGAAAAUUGCCAGACGUUGGUAGAUAAAUUUCUGAAACUGGAUUUGGAAGAUCCCAACUUGGACCUGGACAUUUUCAUGAGUCAGGAAGUGCUGCCGGCUGCCACUGGCAUCCUUUGAGAGUCCUUCCUUGGCUUUCCUCCACUUCCCAAGACCCCAGCGAGCUGCCAUGCCCUGUCUCUUUCCUGGUCUCCCUCAGGCCCAAAAUUCUCAAUUUUCCUGGAAAUUCUGUUUCACGUUAGGAAUAAAGUUUAUUUCAGACCAA